AUGAAUGCCUCAUCAGCCAGGAAGAGGGACAACAGCAAAUACUGUGAAUUCCACAGAGAUAACGGCCACACCACAGAUGAAUGCUGGCACCUGAAGGAAGAAAUAGAGAAAUUAAUAGAAAGAGGCUCCCUUUCCCAGUUCGUGAAAAGGGACGCCGAAACCAGGGAAAUGGAAGCAGAAAGAAAGAAAGAAAGAAAAGAAGAGACCACCAGAAGACCUAGGCCGGACCCAGCAGGCGUGGUCAACGUAAUAAUGGGCGGAUCAACCGGAGGAGACAGCAACACCACAAGAAAGAAAGCGGCUAGGACGGUCUAUUCUGUCAGCCCAAGUGCACCAGAAGCAAAGAAGUUUGGAAGCAUAUCUUUUUCAGAAGGUGAUAGCCAUGGCUUAUCACUCCCCCACGAAGACGCCCUGGUUGUCAAGGGGCGACUAAACAAUUUCAAAGUAUCCCGGAUGCUUGUAGACACGGGAAGUUCGGUCAACAUGAUCACGAUGGAGGUGUUUGGAAGGAUCGGACUAAAAAAGGAAAGUUUGACACGAGUAUCCACUCCAUUGGUAGGACUGGGAGGCAAAUCUGUACAGGUGGAAGGAUCAUUAGAGAUAAGCAUCCAACUGGGGGAUGGAGAGAUCUAUAAAGAAGUCCGAGCGGAAUUCAUGGUAGUCAAUAUGGACUUCGCCUACAACGCAAUCCUGGGAAGGCCACUACUACACGACACGUGCGCAUCCAUUUGCGUGAGGUACUUACUGAUGAAAAUCCCGACCAGGGAAGGCGAUGCAGAAGUCAGAGGAUGUCAAAAAUCAGCAAGAGAGGCAUACUUUACGGCCCUCAAAAAGGUUCACGUAACUUUGUCAGUGUUAACAAUGGAACCUCCAGAAAGGACAGAGAAGGCAGAACAUUAUGAGCGAACCACGAAGAUAGAGCUAUCCCCAGGAAAAGAGAUAGUGGUCGGAGACGAGCUGGAGGAAGGGAUCAGGCGGUCUCUGACAGAAAAUCUCAGAGCACUGGGAGACUCCUUUGCCUGGACAAUAGACGAACUGAUCGGAGUAAACCCGGAUGUCAUAUGCCAUCGGUUAAACAUAGCGGCCGACUCAAAGCCCGUGGUACAAAAGAAAAGAAGACACUCACCCGAAAAACAGCUAGCCAUUGCAGAAGAAAUCGCCAAGUUGAAGGAAGCAAACGUGAUCAAAGAUGCUUAUUACCCAAAGUGGGUGGCCAACGUGGUAAUGGUGAAAAAGUCCAACGGCACUUAUCGAAUGUGUGUAGACUUCACAGAUCUAAACAAGGCAUGUCCUAAAGACAGUUUCCCAUUGCCAAGCAUCGAUCAAUUAGUGGACUCCACGGCGGGCCACGCCCUAUACGCGUUCCUGGACGCCAAAGCAGGAUACCAUCAAAUACCCAUGGCAUCAGAAGACCAGGAAAAAACGGCUUUCGUAACGGACCAGGGGUUAUUUUGUUAUAAGAUGAUGUCGUUCGGCCUAAAAAACGCGGGAGCCACAUAUCAGCGGUUGGUGAACUUCAUAUUCAGAGAUCAGAUUGGAAAACACAUGGAAGUUUAUGUGGAUGACAUGAUUAUUAAGAGCGUCAGGACUGAAGACCAUCCAGAGGAUGUGAAGGUAGUCUUAGAAACGCUGAAAAGAUACCAAUUAAAGCUAAAUCCGGAGAAGUGUGUAUUUGGAGUACCAGCAGGAAAGUUCUUGGGAUACAUGGUCUCCCAGCGUGGGAUUGAAGCCAACCCAGAUAAAAUUGAAGCAGUCCUGAAAAUGGCACCACCUCGGACCAUUCACGAAGUCCAGAAACUCAACGGCCGGAUCACAGCCCUAGGUCGAUUCAUGUCUUGCUCGGCCAAACGAUGUUUACCUUUCUUCAAAACCCUGAAACAGAUCAAGAACUUCACAUGGACAGCAGAAUGCCAGCAGGCGUUCGAGGAAUUGAAAAGCUUCCUCUCCUCACCCCCACUUUUGGCGAGACCAGAUCCGGGCGACGUAUUAUAUUUAUACAUCUCUUGCUCUGACGAAACAAUAGCAGGAGUAUUGGUAUCGGAAAAAGGAGGAGAACAAUACCCGAUCUACUACAUUAGCAAAGUCCUCAGAGAUGCGGAGCUAAGAUACCCAAAGUUGGAAAAGCUGGCGCUAUGUGUAUACACCGCCACCAUCAAGCUCCGACAUUACUUCGAAGGACACCAAGUCAUUGUACGGACCGACCAACCAUUACGAAAAAUCCUCCAGAAAGCGGAGACAAGUGGACGCAUAGCAGAAUGGGCUGUCAAAAUAGGAAGCUUGGGCGUUAUCUAUGAAGCUCGAAAAGCACUGAAAGCUCAAGCACUAGCCGACUUCUUCGCAGAAUUAACAUUCAAGGAACCCAUGGAGGACAAAACGACUCCCUGGGAGAUACACGUCGAUGGAGCAGUUUGCGGAGAAGGAGCGGGUAUCGGAGUCGUGCUCAAAGGACCAGGGAGAGUCCAAAUGGAAUACUCAGCAAGACUCGAAUUUCCAUCUUCCAACAAUGUUGCGGAAUAUGAGGCGCUGAUAACAGGGUUGCAAUUGUGCGAAGAACUCAAUAUCUCCGAAGUCCAGAUCUAUAGUGAUUCACAACUGGUCGUGAACCAAGUCUCAGGGAACUUCGAAGUAAAAGAAGCUACACUGAAGAAAUACGCCAAGCAAGCCAAAACCUUCUUUGCCAAUAAUGGGCAAUCUUGGUCGUUACAGCAAAUACCUAGAGCAAUGAAUGGAAGAUCAGACGAAUUGGCAAAGUGGGCAGCAACAAAGAAUUACGAUUCAAUGAGAAACAUCCCUCAUGAAAUCAAACGACAGCCUAGCUUCCAAGAAGAAAUUGAAGAAGGCGAAGUACUGAUGGUAGAAGGAGAAGAAACCUGGAUGACCCCCCUCACAGCAUACUUGGCUAAUGGAAUACUCCCUGAGGAUAGAAAGGAAGCCAAAAGAAUAGUGAUACUAUCAUCAAAGUUCGGAAUAUACAAUGGCCAGCUGUACAAACGGUCAUUCACCCAUCCCUGGCUAAGAUGUGUGAACAAAGAAGAAGGAGAGUACAUCAUGAAAGAAUUACAUGAGGGGACUUGCGGAGCACAUGACGGAGCAUCAACACUGGUCAGGAAAGCCCUGUUACAAGGCUAUUAUUGGCCCACGAUGAAAGAACAAGCUACAACGCUAGUAAGAGGAUGCUGGCCUUGCCAGCAACAUGCUUUGGUACCAAGAAAGCAAGCUUCAGAAAUGAAACCGAUCGGCAGUGCAUGGCCCUUCGCCCAGUGGGGUAUGGAUAUCCUAGGACCUCUCCCUUUGGCUACAGGACAACGGAAGUUCCUGGUAGUGGCAAUCGACCACUUCACUAAGUGGAUAGAAGCAGAACCACUGGCGAAAAUCACCCAGCAACGCAUAACUAACUUUUUCUUUAGAUCUAUCUUGUGCAGGUUUGGAAUACCGAAGGUGCUAAUCACAGACAAUGGAAAGCAUUUCGACUCAGCGAAAUUCAGAAAGUUCUGUGCCGAAUAUCAAAUCAAUUUGAGGUUCACCUCGGUUUAUCAUCCACAAUCAAAUGGGCAAACCGAAGUGGCCAACAGGAUUCUACUGGCCGGACUAAAAAGAAGAUUAGACGAAUACAAAGGAAGAUGGGUAGAAGAACUCUACAGCGUCCUAUGGAACUAUCGUACCACCCCUAGGGAAUCAACGGGCGAAACUCCAUUCGCCCUAGCUUAUGGAACGGAGGCUGUAAUUCCUGUAGAGAUCGGCGCACCCACACCAAGGACAGAGGACAACCAGCUAAACCUAGAAGAAAACGAAGAAGAGCUCAGGAACAAUCUGGAUCUCCUGGUUGAAAAAAUCAACAGAUCAGAUACCAGGAUGGAAGCCUACAGAUAA